AUGGCUGCGCCGCCAACCGCGCCGACUGCAUUAAUUUAUCCCUCCCACGUCCCCGCCAACGCCCGCACCGACGUCCCGCGCCCGAGCCAAUUCCACUUCAAAGACUACGAGGAGCUUAUCAUUCCAACCAACGAUGGCGAAAAGUUGUCGGCCUUCUACAUUCGGGGGCCUCGCGGUGGGCCAAAUUCCAAGGUGACGGUGUUGAUGUUCCACGGAAAUGCUGGCAACAUUGGUCAUCGUCUGCCCAUUGCACGCAUGUUGAUCGCCGCUUCCGGCUGUAAUGUCUUUAUGCUCGAAUACCGCGGUUAUGGCAUCUCUACGGGCGAACCUGACGAGUCUGGCCUGAACAUUGACGCUCAAACGGCCCUCGACUACCUCCGCGACCGGGCUGAGACCCGCGCCCACAAGAUCGUCGUGUAUGGCCAGAGUCUGGGUGGCGCUGUCGGCAUCCGUCUCGUCGCCAAGAACCAGGCUAGCGCGGACAUCAGCGGACUGAUUCUCGAGAACACCUUCCUCAGCAUGCGCAAACUGAUUCCCUCCAUUAUGCCGCCCGCCAAAUACCUGGCCUAUCUGUGCCACCAGGUCUGGCCGAGCGACAGCUUGAUACCCAGCAUCAAGGUGCCGACGCUCUUUUUGAGCGGGCUCCAGGACGAACUGAUACCACCAAUUCACAUGAAGCGCCUCCACGACCUGUCAAAAGCCCCCAUUAAGGUCUGGAAACCUCUCCCUGGCGGCGAUCACAACUCGAGUGUGGUCGAGGACGGUUACUUCGAGGCCAUUGUGGACUUUAUGAAUAGGAUAGUGGCGGCGGACGGCGAGAAGCAAUGA